GCAAUAUACGAGUUCUUGAUUCCUCUGAAUUCAGUGAUUUCACUAGGAUUGGUAAAGGUGGUCACAGUACUGUUUAUUCGGCUGAAUACCGUGGAACAAAGAUUGCAGUUAAAGAAAUCAAAUCUGAAGACGUUAGAGCAUUUACUAAUGAGGUAAAGCAACUCAUGGCAGUUAAUAAUGAAAAUUAUAUAAUCGGAUUUAUAGGAAUUAUCGAAAUAAAUAAUUAUAUGAUAGUAUUACAAUAUGCAAAUGGCGGGUCCUUACGAAAUUAUUUAAAAAGUCAUAAAACCCGCGAACAUAUUUUUAGAAUUUCGUGUGCAGAGGUUAUUCUAAUUGCGGGACAAGUCAUUCUCGGGCUGAAAUAUUUGCAUAAUAAUAAUAUCGCUCAUGGAGACUUGCUUACUAGUGGAACUCGGCCCUUUUUGAACGUUCGUAAUAAAGCUUCUUUAAUUCUAUAUAUUGCAUUAGGCAAACGGGAGAAAACUAUUCCUGGCACACCUUCAAAUUAUGCAAAAAUUUAUAAAAAGUGCUGGAAAACUAAUCCGAAAAAGCGUCCGAAGCUAGAUGUAAUUUUAUAUAAAAUUCAACAAUCAGAAAAAAAAAUUGAUAUUGUUAACGAAAUUAGAUGCUUAGCGG